GAACUCAGUCAGACUGCUGAAGCUCCGCAUUCGGGAAAGCCGUUAGCUGUAACUAAGCAACGCGAGAUUUUUGGUUUCAGCUUGAUUUCUAUAGAAUGACACAUUUAAUCCGUAAAGUAAAUUUAGUUACAUAAUACAUAAUUAAUUUUAUUCGCUGGUUUAUAAAGAUUUAAUCCCGAAAGCAAUGAGGAAUAAGGCUUUUGGGAGCGGGACGGUGCGCUUAGAAGCAGCGGAGGGAGAGUGGAGUAAACAGCGGAGUUUUGCGGUCAGAGCGGAGGAGUCAUGCGGACAUCACGGCCGGAUAAUGAAGGGUCUCGCUUUCUUCCUCUUGCUGCCGGCGGCGCUCAAGAAGUCCAGGAAAGCUGCUAAGAGCUCGGGCAGGGCGCAGAACUGUGUGACCGCCGGUGCCUCUUCCCUCAGAAAGGUGAAAGCCGUCGCCGCGGAGGUGCAGGAGGUCACCGGGGAGAGAGUGAGCUCCUCACUGACUCUGAACAAGGAACACAACCGCAGCUCGGCCGAGCAGAAGGACAGCACCUCACCGAGCAGCGUGGAGACAAACAGCACCGGGGAAACAAACACACAACCCGAACACACACACACCAACCUCCGGGACAGGAACGCAGUGAUGUUCAACAAUGAACACAUGGCAGAUGUGCACUUCACCGUAGGUCCGCCAGGAGCGACACAGAAAGUUCCAGCACAUAAGUAUGUUCUGGCUGUCGGGAGUUCCGUUUUCAGCGCCAUGUUUUAUGGCGACCUUGCCGAGGGAGACUCCGAGAUCCAGAUACCAGAUGUGGAACCGGCUGCUUUUUUAAUCCUGCUCAAAUACUUGUACAGCGAUGAGAUUGAGCUGGAGGGAGAUACAGUCGUAGGGACCCUCUACGCUGCUAAGAAAUACCUUGUGUCGGUGCUGGUUAAAGCUUGCGUGUGCUUCCUGGAGUCGAGACUGGAGGCGGGUAACGCCUUUGCACUGCUUUCUCACAGCCGUGCGCUGGACGAAUCAGAGUUGCUACAUAGCUGUUGGAGGGUCAUUGAUGCCCAGACUGAGCUGGCGCGAUCCGACGGCUUCCUCCAACUAGACCCAGCGACGCUAAAAUGCGUCCUGCGACGCGACUCAUUAACCGCUAACGAAUCCACCGUGCUGCAGGCGACGCUAGCGUGGGCCGAGGCAGAGUGCCAGCGGCGUGGAUCGAGCCCCACAGCUUCGAACAAGCGAGCCAUUCUAGGUGAAGCACUUCACCUUUUACGCCUGCCUGCCAUGACUUUAACGGAGUUCGCUAAUGGUGUGGCGCAAUUUGACUUCCUGACUCCGCAGGAGACUCGCGAUAUCUUCCUUUGGUUCACCGCAGCUGAGAAACCGAGCCUGGAUUUCCCUGUGACACCGAGGACGGGGCUGGAGCCGGAGAGAUGCAGGCGAUUCCGGUCCUCUGCGUACCGGAGCAAUCAAUGGCGAUACCAAGGGAGAUGUGACAGCAUCAGGUUCGCUGCUGAUCAGCGCAUUUUCUUGGCUGGAAUUGGACUUUAUGGAUCCAGAACGGAAAGCGAGUACAAUGUCCUGAUCGAGCUGAAACGACAGGAAGAGAUGCUCGCACAGAGGGUGACACAGUUCAUUUCGGACGGUACGAGCUCGGCAUCCAUCGUACUCUUUGAGCAGCCGGUGCAGGUGGAACCGGAAGUUUUGUACACGGUCAGUGCCAUUUUGGACGGAACCAAGCUCAGCUACUUCGGCCAAGACGGCAUGCCGGAGGUGCGCUGCGGAAAAGUCACCUUCCAGUUCCAGAGCUCGUCGGACAGCACAAACGGGACAGGGGUGGAGGCGGGGCAGAUUCCAGAACUUGUCUUCUACACGUGAAGACUUUCUGACACUAUAGACCUGGAUUUGAGAAGACUCGAUUACAUAACUAGGACACUAUGAAAUAGGACACUAGGAGGUACGAGAGAUUACAUUCUCUGGACUGUCAACACUGAGACAGAGGGGGUGGGCAAAUUCCUCAAGUUUCCUUCUACGCAUGGGGAUUUAGACCUGUCCAUCUUAGAGGUGACCUGGAUUAGAGAACGGCUAAUUCCAUAACUAGGACACUAAGAUGCCUGAGAUAUGGAGCAUAAGAAUUUGGACUGGUCCAUUUCACAAAGAAUUAUCGGGGGGGAUCACAAAAGUUUUAAUUACAGAAACUUACCCUCUUGCAUUUAAAAAAUGAAUGCUCUUUAACCUUAUUUAUUUCUUUACACUUAUUAUUUAAAGUAUUUACUAAUUUAAAACCAGUUCCCAUUGUUUAUAACAAUCGCACACAAAAACAUGUCUGUGAACACAGAGUGGACUGUACCACUGAGAAGUGUGGCUCUUUCUAAUGUAUUUUAUUUAUUUAUUGUUUAUUUUCUUAGCAGCUUGUUGCUGACCGAGAGAAUGCAGAGGUUAAAAAGAUCUGCUAAGUCGCAGAGUAGUGAUUCGUUACUUACAAUAAAAUGUAAAAUGAGA